AUGAACGAAACAAAGCCAGAGGCGCCGUUUCUUGAGCAACUACUCGAUGAAGUCACUCCGACAGUGAACAGCUCAGAGGGAUUUACCGAUAAUAUUGUGGAUAAUAUCAAUAUGGAGGAAGUCUUAAAUGUUCUUAAUCAGGCUAGUGCCGGUGGUCUUCCGGGCAUUAGCAAGGAGCGACUGAAAAGACAACGACGCGGCAAUCGAAUGAAGGUAUACGACAAUGGCUAUAUAUUUACGUACGAUAAGGACUCAUCAUGUGGACAACGUAGUUUCUGGCGGUGCGAACGCAAGAACGAGUGUCCAGCACGAGUGCACACUAAUCCACUGACAAAUCAGAUCAUAAAACGUUUACAUCAACAUUCGCAUGAACCACCGAAUCCGGACGAACUACCACCUUGGUUGCUGUUCAAAAGUGAAGAGGGCACAACACCACCACCGCAGCCAUCCACCGAUUACACACAAACAGCAUCUCCACCUGGAGCGUGUGUUUUGUUGCCAUGUCCAAUGCUUCCGGGAGGAUCCGCAAUGCAGAAUCUUGGUCAGUUCAUCGAACGCACCGAAGAGAAGUUAGUUAUUGCGGAACAAGAAGAAGAGACAGUUGAGCCACCAAGAAAGCGGCCGAGAAAGUCGAAGAAUCGGGACUCUAACAAGCCACCCGCUGAUGUCGUAUCAGUGAAGGAACUGUUUCUACAGCAUCCAACAGAAUUUUGGGAGUUGUUCGAAGCAACACGGAGAAUGGUGGAAUUUCUGAAAGGGGAGGAAGGAUCAUCAACAGUAUCUUGUGUUACAUCAACGGAAAUGGAGUGCGACACCGCUGUGGCUAAACUCCUUGAUGAUUUGAAGUUGAGCAAAUACAAGUCUGUGUUUGCGAAAUUUACUGUGGAUGUGAUGCGGUCUUUGAGUUCCGAAGAGCUUGUUCGCCUAUGCAGAAACGAAUCAGAUGCGUUUUGUAUUUACCACUCGUUAAAAAUAAGAUCUUCAUCGUCAUUGGAUUUCUCAGCUCCAGUUAAAGUGUUUGUUCGAGAGAUGUCUGUAGCCGCGGAAGAUGAGCCAUUGUAUCAAAUGCUAUUACUGCGAAAUAAGACCAAGGAUGAAUUUUUAUCGAUGUUGGAGAAGAGAGGCAUCUUGGACACUACUGUAGUCGAACGAUUUUGCGUGCCUGGUCCUGGAGGAAUAAAUGUCGAGGUGUCAGACGAGGUUAUUGCAUCCUGGAAGGAUGAAUCAGUAUUUCAAAUGAUUAUUACAAAAGGAAUGUGCAGAUUGGAACCAGCAACUCAUAGACGAUCCAAUAAAUGCCCGAAAGUUGGUUCUGGUAGCAGCCAGCCUGUACAAGGCGAUCUUCUUCGAUCUUCUCAUAACAUGACCAAAGAACAGGAAGUCGGGCAAAUUGUUGAUCUUUUCCGCGUGUCACAUACAUUCCCAAUUGCUGAAGCAAAACUAGCGAGAUUCAUUGGAUACGAGGUUUAG